AAUUUAAAUCCGCCCUUCUCUCUCUCUCCUCGCUCGCUCCCUCUCUCGCACUCGCUCUUAAAAGCCAAAGGAAGAGAGCGAGGCAACUCAAAAUGGCUGAGGAUUGAAUAGAUCCUGCUGGAAUUGUACAUUUCAGCACUCUCCUUUGAGCUUUUUUUUUUUUCCUCUCUCCUCUCUCUCUCCUCUCGCCCCCUUCGCAGGCUGGAUCUAAAAGGAGAAAUAGCUUUCAUGUCAGAGGGAAAACAGAGAAGAGGAGGAAAAGGAGGGGGCAGGGUUUUUCAUUAGCAGUUGAGAAAUUCCUUUUCAGUUUGAUCAAGGCAUGCCUGCCUUCCUCCCAGCGACCGCAAUCCUCAGCAUUUGAUUUGAUUUGAUUGUCUUAUUUCGGAUGAUUUUCUUUCUUUUUUUUUGGUGAGGGGGUUUUGCUCGAAUCGGGAGACCUCCAGUUUCUGAAAGAAGCCAGCCUCAGUGGUGAUUUUUAAAGCCAGCCCUUAGUGAGGAUUUAGAGCAGGUUGAUUUUUUUUUUUUUUUUUGCUUUUUUUUUUUUUUCCUCCUUCCCCCAAACCAAUUUCUUCUUCAUUCCUAUUUGUGCGAGGAGCAAGGGGCUGGGAGGCUUCCUUUGGCUCCGGGCUGGAUUUUCAUCUGAAUGACUGACUGACCCAUCCAAGAUCUCGCCACCAAAAGCAUUUUUUCCCCAUUUUUUUUUUUUAGGCUGCUCGGCUGGGUUCGAAGCAAAUCGUUGGGGCGCUUCAAAGAAUCCAGCUUGUCAUUUAACCUUUUUUUUUUUUUUUUUUAAUUUAAUAUCAUCCUCCUCCCGCUUGGAUCUUAACUCUUUGAUUUUUAUUUUGAAAGACUUUGAUUCCUAAUUCCCCUCAGGGAGACAAGGAGGAAAAACAAUAAUAAAAUAAAAAUCGGAGGCAGCCUCCUCUCUCGGGCGCUGACCAGGUUGGUGGGAGGGGGACCAAACCUCCCUUUAAAAAGAUUGAAUGUCAGUUGCCAACCUAAGACGCGGAAAGUCAAAUCCGGAGCUCUAAAUUUAGGAGGUUUAUAUGGAACUUGGACUCUGCGACUGGAUUUUGUAUGGAUUUUUUUGCAACCUUUGCUGUUCAUGCUGGGUCUUAGUCAAAUCGGGGGGAACCCAGUUUCCGUCUGCAUCUGUAGCUCUAGCUGAAAUAUUGCGAGAGAAACUGUAAAUAGAUCGGCAGACAUGGCUGAGAAUUGGAAGAACUGUUUCGAGGAGGAGCUGAUCUGCCCCAUCUGCCUGCAUGUCUUCGUGGAACCUGUUCAACUUCCUUGCAAGCACAAUUUCUGCCGGGGCUGCAUCGGGGAGGCGUGGGCCAAAGAGACGGGGCUCGUGCGCUGCCCCGAAUGCAACCAGGCCUACAACCAGAAGCCCAACCUGGAGAAGAACUUGAAGUUGACCAACAUCGUGGAGAAAUUCAACUCGCUCAACCUGGAGAAGACGCCCUCGGUCUUGCAUUGCGUCUUCUGCCGCAGGGGCCCCCCGCUGCCGGCCCAGAAGAUCUGCCUGAGGUGCGAGGCGCCCUGCUGCCAGUCUCACGUGCAGACCCACCUGCAGCAGCCCUCCACGGCCCGCGGGCACCUCCUGGUGGAGGCGGACGACGUGCGGGCCUGGAGCUGCCCCCAGCACAACGCCUACCGGCUGUACCACUGUGAAGCGGAGCAGGUCGCCGUGUGCCAGUUCUGCUGCUACUACAGCGGGGCCCACCAGGGACACUCCGUGUGCGAUGUGGAGAUCCGUCGCAACGAGAUCCGGAAGAUGCUGAUGAAGCAGCAGGACCGGCUGGAGGAGCGGGAGCAGGACAUCGAGGAGCAGCUCUACAAGCUGGAGUCCGACAAGCGGCUGGUCGAGGAGAAGGUGAGUCAGCUGAAGGACGAGGUGCGCCUGCAGUACGAGAAGAUGCACCAGAUCCUGGACGAGGACCUGCGCAAGACCAUGGAGAUCCUGGACAAGGCCCAGGCCAAGUUCUGCACCGAGAACGCGGCCCAGGUGCUGCACCUCAACGAGCGCAUGCAGGAGGCCAAGAAGCUGCUCAGCUCCGUCCAGGUCAUGUUCGACAAGACCGAGGACAUCAACUUUAUGAAGAACACCAAGUCCGUGAAAAUCUUAAUGGACAGGACUCAGAACUGCACGGGUGGGAGCCUCCCCCCACCCAAGAUCGGCCACCUCAACUCCAAGCUCUUCCUGAACGAGAUCGCCAAGAAGGAGAAGCAGCUGAGGAAGCUGCUGGAGGGUCCCUUCAGCACGCCGGUCCCCUUCCUGCAGAGCAUCCCCAUGUACCCCUGCAGCGUCAGCACCCCCGGCGCGGAGAAACGCAAGCACUCCGCGGCCUUCCCGGAAGGCAGCUUCCUCGAGCCAUCAUCCGGAGCGGUCGCGAGCCAGUACAUGACCCAAGGGGCUUCGGCUGGCGAGGGCCAAUCCGCACAACCCAUGGUGCCUUGUAGCUCCACGCAGCACAUCGUCGGACUUCCCAGCGGCCCCCAGCCCGUCCACUCCGGGGCUGUGUUCAACCCCUCCCACUACCCCAAUAGCACAUCAUCUCAGCAGUCUGUGCUCUCCCAGUACGGCGGGCGCAAAAUCCUUGUCUGCUCUGUGGACAACUGUUACUGUUCCUCGGUGUCCAACCACAGCGGGCACCAGCCCUACCCGCGGUCGGGCCACUUCCCCUGGACAGUCUCCUCGCAGGAAUACUCCCACCCGCUGCCCCCCGCCCCGACUGUCCCCCAGUCGCUCCCGGGACUUGCCGUGAGGGAGUGGAUUGACGCCUCCCAGCAGCACGGACGCCAGGAUUUCUAUAGAGUCUACGGUCAGCCUUCUGCCAAACACUAUGUCACCAGUUAACCAUCGCACUGGCCACGGAGUUGGGGUCGUCGUGCGUUCGGAGAUCAACGCCCUGGUUUUUUUUUCUUCCUCGCUUUUUCUUUCGUUCUCUCCUUCCUUUCGAAAAUCAAAUCUGGUCUCCUCCUCCCCGCUGCCGCCGCCAGGACUGGUCUCUCGGCACCUUUCGCUUUGGAACCAUUGUUUUUAAUUUAAUUUUGCAAACCUUCCUCCUCUCCCCUUUUGCUGGGUCAUGCCUGCUUCGUUUGGGGUUGCUAAGCCUAAAAAAAAAAAAGAACAAAACAAAAAACAAACAAACAAAAAAAAAGGGGAUGACCAGAUCCUUUGCCAUUUCCAUGUCUCUGAGUUCUCCACGGCUUGGUUCGCUUUUCUUUUCCUUUCCUUUUUUU